CUAAGCCCCCUCCCCCCCCCUCUCCUUGGCCGGUUUGCAUGCAUUGUCUGUCUCCCAAAAUGGUUUGUGAGACUAAGAUAGUGGCGGAAGACCAUGACUCGAUUUCAGGAUCCAAAAAGGAGAGCUUGCUCGUCUCCUCGUCCGCUCAGAUGUGGCCCUCCUCUCGGGCCGGAUCGCCCUCGCCCGCCGCGGUGCCGCCGCAGCCGCAGCCGCCGAGCCCCGCGCCCGACGGCGAGGACAAGAAGAAGGGCGUCUGGAUCAGGGAGUUUCACCCUUCCGAGCAGGAAGUGGUGCGCCGCAUCUUCUACGAGGGCAUCAUGGAGAGGAUCCCCAACACCGCCUUCCGAGGGCUCAAACACCAGCCCUGGACGCAGGUGGUCUACGGGACAAUGGCCGUAAUAUGCUUUGUUGUGACCAAGUCCUUGCUGGUGACCUGCUGUUUGCCCUUCUUUCUAAUGGGCAUGAGGUACUACUUCAGUAGAAAAGUUAUCCUCAGCUAUCUCGAGUGCGCACUGAAUACGGACAUGUCUGAUAUUGAGCAAUAUUACAUGAAACCACCAGGUUCCUGCUUCUGGGUGGCCGUGUUGAACGGCAACGUGGUGGGCAUCGUAGCCGCGAGGGGCAACGAAGAAGACAACACGGUUGAGCUGCGCCGCAUGUCCGUCGACUCCAAAUACCGCGGUAAAGGGAUCGCCAAAGCUCUGGGCCGGAAGGUGGUGGAGUUUGCCGUGGUCAAUAAUUACUCGUCCAUUGUACUGGGAACCACGGCGGUGAAGGUGGCGGCUCACAAGUUGUACGAGUCUUUGGGAUUCAAGCAUGUGGGUGUCGCUGAAGACUACACGCUGCCUGGGAUGACGCAUUCUAUUCUAGAGCGAAUGUUUUUCCAGCUUCGCUUCCACCGCUACUGCCUGCAGCUGCGCGAAGAAUAAUAAUAAUAA